AUGGCGUCACUCGUUUUUGGUGCUACCAUUGAAGCUCGCCAACAAGACGGGCAAGUGUACUGUGAUUCAAGAGACGACGAGCUCAACGUUGACGACUGCCGCGGUGCCGCCGAGAUGAUCAAUACUGGAUCAGGCUAUUACAAGCAAAUCGCUCAGUUUCGAUACGGAAACUGUAUCAUCGAUAUCGUCAACCGGAUCGGCUUUAGCGGUUCUAUCGAAGGUCAACUCUACAAAGAUUCCAUUAUGGAGGUGACGGUCUACCGCUGCGAGCUCUGCGCGUACGGUGUAUGCGCUACAUGCGAUGAUCCGGGUCAGGGCCCCCUGAAACGAGACGUUGCCGACAUGGGACUUGAGCCAUCCUCCGAAUUGAACAAGAGACAGGACAGCCCUGAGCCGGGUCUGUCCUGCGGAGGCUGGAACCCCGCUGUCCACGCGGACAACUGCCGUGAUGCUGCCAACGAGAUCGAAGCCCAGGAUGGCUAUAUCGCGCUCCCUUUCCGCGAAGUUGUUGCCGGCUGUACUAUUGCUGUUGAGCAAAAGAAGCCCGAUUUGGCUAUUCUACGAAGCGGGCUCGCCGAUAUUCUUCGUCAUGGGACUGACCUGUGUGAUAACCAAGGGUGGAUUGGCAUGAUUAGCGACACCCGGAACUCUCUAGUUGAUGUUUUCUACGGCAAAAUCUGUGGCAGCGAACAUACGCACGUCUCUCAGAACAAGGAAACAUUUGAUAAUAUCAUCGGACUGCGAAGUCCACGCGGCAAGACGGCCCCUGUCACGGGCGGAUCACGCGGCAAGACGGCCCCUGUCACGGGCGGAUCACGCGGCAUCGGUCUCGAAGUCGUCCAUGGCCUCCUCGAAGCCGACGCGUCCGUCGGGUUCACGUACUCAGCCACAACGCCGGACGAGAUCGCCGCCCUGACCAAAGCCCCGUCGUCCGAGAAUGGCGGCCGCCUCGUCAAAGCGUACCGGUGCAACGUGACGGACCGGGCCUCCGUCCACGCCGUCACGCAGCAGGCCGCGACGGACCUCGGCGAUGGUGGUCUCGACAUUGUUGUAGCGAACGCGGGCAUCGCGGACCACGUUGCCACCGAGGACUGCCCCGAGGACAAGUUCCACCAGAUGAUGGACGUGAACAUGGAAAAGAGGGGGGGCCCGUUGCUUUUGGACCGCGCAAGCGACGGCCCACGUCAUGAAGGCACGCAACAAGACGCGCGGCGGCAGCAUCAUCUUCACGGCCAGCGUCAGCGGUCCACAGAGAUGCUCGACGUGCAUCCCAAGGCGUGGCGCGACAAGUGGUUCUCCAUGAUCCCCGGUGCGAGGCUUUGUUCGGCGCCCGAGCUCAAGGGGUCCCAUGUCUACCUGGCGAGCGACGCGAGCAGCUACAUGAUGAAGGGCGAACCUGGUUGUGGAUGGGGGAUACGCGUUAACAUGAAACUUCACAUAGGAGGGCCAGGCCACGUGCGAAAUGCAACGCCAAUUUCAUUCAAUCUCGCGUCCCAAACGCCAGCCGGGUGGGGGUAUACUUCAUGA